AUGGCUUUAACCUUGGGGGCUGAAACCGACAGACUAGCAUUGUUUGCUUUGAAGGAUCAGCUAACCGAUGGCAUUUCAGGAGCUUUGAGUUCUUGGAAUGAUUCUCUCCACUUCUGUGAGUGGCAAGGUGUUAGUUGUGGUAAGCGGCACCAGAGGGUCACUGCUCUAGCACUGAACAAUCUGAAAUUAGCUGGGUAUAUAUCUCCUUCUAUAAGUAAUUUAACUUUCCUCAGCAAGAUUGAACUCUCUAAGAACAAGUUGAGAGGCAAUAUCCCCAGUGAAUUCGGCCGUUUAAGGCGUCUGCAGUUUCUUAACCUGACGUCUAAUAAACUGCAAGGUGAAAUUCCUGUAGAGCUUGCCAACUGCUCAAAUCUUCAAGUCCUAAUUCUAACUCGCAAUAACCUCACAGGGUCGGUACCUAACACUUUGGGGAAACUGAAGAAUCUUCAGCUGUUGAACGUUGGCUACAACAGUUUGGGAAGUGGGAAAACUGGUGACUUAAGUUUUCUUUCCUCUUUAACCAACUGCAGCCACUUGGAAAGUCUAGCUAUGAACGUUAAUACAUUUGGUGGGAAGUUGCCGCAGUCUGUAGCCAAUUUAUCAACCCAGAUCAGAGAGCUAUACAUGGGACGAAAUCAGAUCUCUGGAAGUAUUCCUGAAGGAAUGGGGAGAAGCGUUCCAUUAACCCUAAGGAACUGCACCAAUCUGCAGAACCUGUACCUUGGCGAAAAUAACCUUAGUGGCAAUAUACCGGAUCAGGUAUUUGGCUUUUGUGAAAGCUUGAUAGUUGUUAACAUAUCUUACAACAUAUCUUACAACUCCUUCAAUGGUCCCCUCCCAUCAGAUUUCGGCAAUUUGAAGAAUCUUAUAGUACUGAUUGUCAGUGAAAACAAGUUUUCUGGUGAAAUUCCAGCGAGCCUUGGUGAAUGUUCUGAGUUAUCAAUUCUCGACUUGGCGGGAAACUUGUUUCAAGGUAGUAUUCCUUUGUCAUUGGGUUCUCUGAAAUCUCUUGAAAUGUUGAAUCUUUCCCGUAAUAGUUUAUCUGGCACAAUUCCCCAACAACUACAAAAUCUUUCUUUCCUGAAAAGUUUGAAUCUGUCUUUUAACCAUCUCGAGGGCGAGGUACCGACAGGAGGCGUUUUUAAGGAUGUAAAUGCCUUUUCAAUCUUAGGAAACAAUAAGCUUUGUGGAGGAGUUCCUGAAAUACGGCUCCCUUUAUGCCCAAAUCAGGAGCCGAGAAAGAAGCUUCACUCUCUGUCAACAAAGGCCACUAUUGCUAUAGUCCUCUGCGUUCUACUUUCUACUACUAUAGUGGUUGUACUUCUUAUUCUUUGCUGGAGGCGAACAUAUGGAAAACAACUUGGCCCUACAUCCAUAUUGGGUGGUAGCUUUUUGCAGAUUUCCUACAAAGAGCUUCUUCAAGCGACCGAUAAUUUUGCAUCCCAUAACUUGAUUGGUGCUGGAAGUUCUGGCACAGUAUAUAAAGGAUCCAUUCAGCAACUAGAAAAACCUGUUGCAAUAAAGGUGCUGAACCUGCAAAAUCGUGGUGCUUCAAAGAGUUUCAUGGCUGAAUGCAAGGUUUUGAGCAAAGUUAGACAUAGAAAUCUUCUCAAGAUCAUAACCUCCUGCUCCAGCUUGGACCACAAAGGCAAUGAUUUUAAGGCUCUAGUUUUCGAGUUCAUGCCUAAUGGUAGUCUUGAAAGAUGGUUGCAUACAACUGAACAAUCGGGACUGAGAAAUUUGAACCUCAUGCAAAGGUUAGAUAUUGCAAUCGAUGUGGCCUAUGCAUUGGAUUAUCUUCAUCACCAUUGUGAGACUGCUAUCGUUCAUUGUGAUCUAAAGUCGACCAAUAUUCUUCUUGAUGAUGACAUGGUUGCUCAUGUUGGUGACUUUGGGUUGGCUAAGCUCCUUUCUGGGGCUUCUGUCAACUUCAGUAGAGAUCAAACUACUUCCUCUGGAGUUAAAGGAACCAUAGGCUAUGUUCCCCCAGAAUAUGGAAUGGGCGCUAUUGUGUCCCCAGAAGGGGAUGUCUACAGCUAUGGGAUUCUUCUGCUAGAAAUGAUUACAGGAAAGAGACCAACUGAUGAAAUGUUCAAUGAAGGUUUGAGCCUGCAUGAAUUCUGUAAGAUGGCAUUGCCAGAGCGAGUGAGGGACAUCGUGGAUUCGGAUUUGCUGGGACUAUUGGAUGAAAACAUCUCCAAUGUAAGAAAUGGGCGCCUUGUAGAAGGUAAAAUGCUGGAGUGUUUGGUUUCUUUUUGUAGAAUCGGAGUUGCAUGUUCUGCAGAAUUGCCUGGUGAGCGAAUGAACAUUGAAGAUGUUAUCUCAGAACUGCAAGCAACAAAGACAAGGAUGCUUCAGGCAGCGAUACAAGGCGGAAACAUAAAUUAGGCUCUAUCUAGCAGUUGAAGAACCCAA